GCGAGCGCGUGCUGCGGGGGAGAUCUAGGGGAAAUCCCCCGCGCUCGCCCGCUCGGCAGCCAUUUUGUGUUCGCUGAAAGGUGGCAGAGAACGGGUCGGGCGCAGGAUCUGAGUUGUGUUGUGUCUCAUGGUGGAACAGACAGUGCACGGCCUAGAGCAAUAGUUGAAGAUGAGCGGUGCAAACAGCACGCCCCUCGGGAGAAUGAAUCCCGCCAUCGGGGCCGGCAAAAAGCCAACUGUUACUGGAGGUUCCUCGCUCCUCAAGCCCUCGUACAUGAGCACUCUGCCUAAUGCGACUUCGGUUGGCUCUUCUACUGCAGCCGCCGCCGCCGCCGCCGCCGCUGCAGCUGCCGCAGCAACGGCUGCUAUCAACCAGAAUGCAGCCAAACGAGAGAGCGAGUCCAGUUACGAUAGUGAGCGAGAGGAGAGAAAGAGAAGAAGGAAAUCACGCUGGCAGGGAGAUGAGAAGGACAAAACAUUCAUUCCAGGCAUGCCAACUGUGCUCCCCAGCAAUAUGUCGAAGGAUCAGGAGGAAGCAUAUUUACUGCAGCUGCAGAUUGAAGAAUUAAGUCGCCGUCUUCGCUCCAACGAUCUGGGCAUCUCACCUAAUCCUGAAGACAGGUCUCCAUCACCUGAGCCAAUUUACAACAAUGAGGGAAAGAGGCUAAAUACUAGAGAGUACAGAACACGUAAAAAGCUAGAAGAUGAUCGUCACACUUGCAUACAGAGAAUGAUGAAGAUUAACACAGACUACAAACCUCCUGCUGACUACAAGCCACCUGUUGUUAAAGUGUCUGACAAAGUGAUGAUUCCCCAAGAAGAACAUCCAGACAUUAAUUUCGUUGGCCUUCUAAUUGGACCUCGUGGAAAUACACUGAAAGCUAUGGAGAAAGACACAGGUGCAAAGAUAAUAAUUAGAGGCAAAGGAUCAGUUAAGGAAGGCAAGCAACCAGUGGGUCCUCCACCCCCACCUCCUCCAGGUGGUCCAGGAGGACCUGGCCCCCGUGGACCAGGCGGUGUAGAUCUAGGAUCCCUCUUGUCAGCACCACCCCCACCACCACCAUCAUAAAUUUUGUAUCCUAACAGCAGUACAAAUGCUCUGCCACUAAAGAAUGCAUACCCCAGGAACCCAUACCCUCAGGGCUACUGAUUGAUGCGUAUGUGUACAACUUAGUGUUUUGGAGUUUUUUGCUCUUUAUAAUUUACAGCUUCAUUCCAUUGUAGGAGAAGCAACAUCAGCUUCUAGAGGUAACUUCUACAUUGCAGGAUUUUUUCCAAAUUCUUAAAGUGGAUGCUUCUACUGUGGAAGGUGGACAUUUUAAUUGUACAAAGACUUGCUUUGAAUGAAUGCUUAUCCAAAGAUCAUCAGUUUAUUUGUACGAAAGGAUCUUAUUCUGAAUUUAUUAUGUCUGACAUGAAAUGCAGCUUCAUUUUAGAUAUAGAUUGGACAACUCUGCAAGGCAUUGAAUUUGUAGAAUAUAUGACUUGUCUAUUAUUAUUAUUUUAAAAUUAUUUUCUCCUUAGUGUUCUUUUAGAAAACUGAACCAGAACUAUAUGUAUAUGUAAGAUUGUAAUGCCAGUUGAAUGAAAAUAAGAUAAGAUUAUUAUAAUUAUUAUUUAUUAUCAUGAUUGUCUAUUGUUAUUAACAUUAUCACUAUUAAUAGGAAUUUGUGUUAGUGUUCUUUAUUUGAUUAUUGAUUGAAACUGCAGUUUUUUUUAACAGGUGAAUUAUGAUAGGGAUCAGUUUUGAUAAUUUUGUUGCAUGGAAUCAAUCUUGUCAAUUGAUGUUAUUUUUUAUAUAUUUGACACUCAACAUGGUAUUGCAGCUGUUCUUGUAAUCAGUGUGUGGCAUUGCCAUGAAAAAAAGAAAAAAUAUGGCACCUGAUAGUGUGUAUAUCUGUGAAUAACCAAGGGAAUGCAAAAUAUGAUUUUUGCACAGAAGAAGAACUUAUUAAGUUGAUAGGAAUAUUUUAGUAAAUUGGAAAAGAGAAAGUUGUUUAUUAUUAUCCAUGAAAAUAUGAUUUAUCUUUUUCUCUCAGUCUUUCUUGUUCUUUUGAACUUCAUUCAUAUAAUUUGAAGAUUAGAAAGGUUUAGAAAUUCCUGAUUGUAUCAUUGCCUUCACUGUCCAGUAAAUACUUCUACAAGUUGGAACACUUUUUCAUGCAAUAUGGUCAUACCCAAAAAUCCAAAUGUUCACAUCAAAUAAACUUUAGUUUAUCAAUA